AUGGCCACUGGCCGCACGCCCUUUGCUGCAGCGCAGCACCUGCAGCAGCUCCGCCGCUGCGUCGCCCGCGGGCCCAAGCUCCCCAUUCCCGGGUUCUCCCGCGGGUUCAACGACCUGGUGGCCGCGCUGCUGCAGCACGACCCCGCCAGGAGGCCCUCGGCCUUGGAGUGUAUGGGCUUUUCCAUAUUCCGCCCGCUCGCAGCAGCAGAGCAGCGCGCCUUGCCGCCCCACUGCAGCAGCAGCAGCAGCAGCAGCAGCAGCAGCGGCGGGGGCGCAGGCAGCCACGCAGCCCUCUCCACCAUCGCAGAAGAAGACGAAAACGAAGACCCCCAGACAAGCCACUACCAGGACUGCAGCAGCAAACUGCAGCAGCAGCAGGAAGAGGUGAAGGCCCACUCCCCGCUGCUGCAGCAACGCCCUGCUGCUGCUGCUGCCUUCAACGGGGCUGUUCUGCGCAGGCCCUCUUACGGGGCCCCACAGCUGCACACGGAGCGGCCCCACGCCCCGUUUUCCCUGCAGCAGCAGCAACAGCAGCUGUGGCAGCAGCAGCUGCAGCAGCACCAGCAGCAGCAACAGCAGCUGCAGCAGCAGCAGCAGCAGCUGCAGCAGCAGCUGCAGCAGCGCGUAGCAGGCCGCCCCAGUAGAAGCGGCGCUGCGAUCUACAGGCGAGGCCUGGAAGCAGCAGAAGAGCCCACAUCCUCUCUAGAACCAACAGCAGCAGCAGCAACAGCGGCAGCAGGAGCAGCAGCAGCAGCACCUCGCAGUUCGUUUCUGCCCUUCUCCGGACGCACCCAGAGGCAGAGUGAGCUGCUGCUCUUGCAGCAGCAGCAGCGGCAGCAGCAACAGUUGGACCUACAGCAAGAACAGCAACAGCAGCAGCUGAAGCAGCAGCAGCUGCUGCUGCAAAAGCAGCAAGAGGAACUGCGACAGCAGCAACAGCUGCUGCUGCAGCUGCAGCGCCAGAGAGCUGCUGCUGCUAAACAGGAAAGAUGGCAGAGGGCCUCCCCCACGUCUGCAACAGCAGACUCGUCCUUGCUGCUGCAACAGCAGCAGCAGCAGCAGCGCAUUCAUCGUUUGGCUCGCGAGUGCAGAACAAGGGAAACACCAACGGCUGCUCCAGCACCAGCUGCAGCUCCUCACACAGCAGCAGCAGCAGCAGCUGCAGCAGCUGCAGCAACAGCAGCAGUGGAGCCAGUUCCUCCUGCUGCUUCUUUCCAAGCCCCAAGCAGCAUGCAGCGGCAUCUCCGCCGCCAGCAGCAGCUGCAGCAGCUGCAGCAGCUCCAGCAGCAGAGUGGGGACAGCGCGCUGCGAAGCAGGUCACCUGUCAGCCCCGUCAGUGCAGCAGCAGCAGAGAGCAGCACACUGCGGCGCACCAGCAGCAGCAGCAGCAGCAACAUGUGGGGCGCAGCCAAGUACCCGGCUCCCCAGGUAGCAGCAGCAGCAACAGCAGCAGCGGCAGCAGCCCGUUGUAGCUUUUCCAAAGUCCCACGGGCCACAGGAUAUCUCGCAUCAAAAGAAGCCUCAGCAGCAGCAGCAGCAGCAACGCCAGCAGCAACAACCAUCCGGGCGUCCUCACCUUGCCUCUAUCAGGGGACUUCCCGCUGCAGUAGCCAGUUUGCUGCUGCUGCUGCGGCUGCUGCUUCAGCAGGGACGCCGCGGGGGUCUCUUAC